UUGAUCAGAAAGUUGAACAUAGUAAUAUGUACAACAUCCAGCUGAAGAUCACUGACUUUGGUCUGGCCCGUGAGAUGUACAAGACCACAAGGAUGAGUGCUGCAGGGACGUACGCCUGGAUGGCACCAGAAGUCAUCAAGUCAUCGCUCUUCUCCAAGAGUAGCGAUGUCUGGAGCUUUGGGAUUCUGCUGUGGGAGCUGCUGACUGGGGAGGUCCCAUACAAAGGAAUUGACACUCUGGCUGUAGCGUAUGGUAUCGCUGUCAACAAACUCACCCUUCCCAUCCCAUCAACCUGUCCAGAAAUCUUCUCAAGAAUGCUCGACGAUUGUUGGAACUAUGACCCUCACGAACGGCCAACCUUCUGUGAGAUCAUGCAGCAGCUCAAAGACAUCUCGGAAUCGCCGUUUAUCAACACACCUCAGGAUUCAUUCCAUAUGAUGCAACAGGAUUGGAAGGAAGAGAUCCAAGAGAUGUUUGAUGAACUGAGGGUUAAAGAAAAGGAGCUGAGGACGAGAGAGGAGGAGCUGUCCCAGGCAGAGAUCCAGCAGAAGCUCCAUGCGGCCCUGCUGAAGCGGAGAGAGCAGGAUCUAGCUGAGAGGGAGAUUGAGCUCCUGGAGAGGGAACUGAACUUGGUCAUCACACAGCAGCAGCAGGACGAGAAACCCGUCCCUAAGAAGAGACAUGGCAAGAUUAAGGCUAACAAACUAAGGCGUAGCAACAAACGUAUCAGUACUCCUCAAGAUUUCCAUCAUAAAUUGACAGUAAAGGCUGACCCCUCCUUCCAACGAGGUGGAGGAGAUCCCCGUUCUUCACACCUCAGUCCAGAGGAGAGUCCACCCAAGAGUCCCAUUCCCAGGUUACGGGUCUUUGCAUUACCAAAGGAACAGCCGAAGGGAAAGACAUGGGGUCCAAGCACAAUGCAACGGAAACAGCGUCAGAAGACAUUCCGUCCUCAUACACUGUCAGAAGCUACUGCCAAGAAGUUUACUAGCGCCCCCAACCUAAUCCACGGCAAGUCACCUCUAUCACCGAUGCUGGAUGGUAACUGGCAAGUAAGCCUGGCCAACCCCAAGCCCUAUUGGCCAGACGUUGGUCCUACACCCAACCAUGAAGAGGAGGAAACCCAUGACCCAAAGAGGGAUUCUCUGAGACGCAAGACCAGUAAACCAGGGAUGGCUGAGAUGGGUCUGUAUGGCGCUGCUGCAAUCCUGGCCUCGGUGGCUCUAGGGUACGACGUCCGCACUACUAACCUGUCCAUUUACCAGAGUGGAGAACUGGAACAUCGGAGGAAAGAAUACGCCAAGCAGGCCUCGGCGGAUGAGGUCAGUACGCAGACGAGUGAUAACGAUAUGAACGGUUUGGAAGAUGAAGACUACAUAUCCAUCAGCUCAACGUCAAACCUGACAAAGAACUGGGUAGCAGCGCCUCAGAGCUCCGGGAUGUGGAAUGAUACAAAUGCCACGGAGAACCAUCAACCACCUUCCACGCAGUCAAUAGCCAAACAGAACCCUGCUUACUUAGAUCACAGAGACUCCUUACCUAAUGAAAACCAGCCGUUACCGACAGUCAGGACUCACAGGAGAACAGCAUCCGCUGAUGAUAACUUGAACAGUAUGCGUAGGACACGGACGCCGUCUGAUAGUUCAACUCCAUCCACCAAAUGGGAUAGUACUGGGGAUCAGUGGAGUACAUGUAGUCCAGGAUCAGAUGUGUCAUCACCGUUAAGGAACCCUCCCCAAGUUCCUCCACGGAGGACAAGCUUUGUGGGAGAUUCACAGAUGGAGAGGCCAUCCUCGCUUGACAUCUGUGCCCGACCCCGCCCUCACUCCAGAGUAUACCUCACACCCCAGAACCAGUCUUCAAAUGAAUCGCCUCAUCGGAGAGUGUCAUCGUCUGCCAAUACCACACCUCGUCAUAGUUACCAUGCCGACUCCUCAACAGCCAGCUAUAGUAGCUACAGUAGCAGCAACGCCUCAGGGGCCACCUCACCUCCACUAUCUAACACCACCCCUCACCACGUACCAUUCCAACACUCCUUCUCCCAGCCACAAACAACGCAACAGGUGCAGAAAUAUCAGCAUCAUCAGCAACAACAGCAGCAGCAACAACAUCAUUCUUACUCACAACAGUCCCAUGUAUAUAACGCCCACUACCAGCAGCAGUCGCAGGUUUCGCACCACCAGUCAUCGCAACAUCCGGCAACGCAGCACCACCACCACACCACGCCCACCCACCAACAUCAAUAUCAACAUCACCAACAACAACAACACCACCAGCAACAGCAGCAGCAGCAGUAUCAUUCAGGGGUGAACAACCGCCCCUCUCUACUGGACCAGGACAUGGAGGGGCAGAAGAGGGACCCCACCCGUGCCCUCGAAGCUAAGCCAACAAAAGAACCAUCGGUCAAUGCCCUCAUCAAAGAAUUUUUAUGAUUAAGGCUGUAUUUGGAUGAGAGGUAUAUAUUGUUGGCAGAAUACUAUUACCACUAGCCAAACAGGAUUUUCCAUGUAUUGUAUUCUUUAUUCUUCCAAGUAAUUCAUUACAUGAAAAUGAAGAAACUUACUCCUAUUGUUGGAUUUUGCCUGUUCUCGGCACUCAUGUAAUGCCAAUGAUAUAUGAUUUAUUUUGACAUAAACACUUCUUUUUAGCAGGCGAGAUUUAUGAUGAUGGAAUCUCACCAGUGUUAAUGUUACAUUAUUUAUCAUCAAUUCGGAUAUGCCUGUAGGCCUAAUGAAAUAUAUUUCAUUAUUAUUAUUAUCAUUAUUAUACUUUUUAAAGUUUGUCGAUCAGUUUGAACUUUCUUUAGUCGUUUCCUCUUUCUUGAAUGAUCUAAUCUGACAUCUCAGAUAGCUCUUAAAAAUGCCCAUUAAUACAUGUAAGUAUUUCAACCAUUUUCAUUUUUAAAAUUACAAUAUUUUUUGUUAGUUAUAAAUCAUUGCUUGGAUGUUAAGAACCUAUGGCACAAUUUGGAGAGAAAUAAUGACAAGAUAAACUUACUUACUAGUAAAAUUCUGUUCAAAAUCCAGCAUUUAAUUUUUGUCUCACCUACAUAGCAUAGUGAGACAAUAGACGCCACUUUUCCGACGUUGGCGACGGCGGCGGCGUCAACAUCAAGUCUUAACCAAGGCUAAGUUUUUGAAAUGCCAACAUAACUUAAAAA